AUGGCUACCGUGACAGCAGAGAAUUCCAAUCUGGUUAAAUUCUCAGAUCGGCUGAAACAUGGACGGGCUUUGGCUGAAGAUGUAUGGUCGAUUUACAACGCUGCCAAUCUUCCUGCGGAUUGUAUUAAUCUUGGACAAGGUUACAUGAAUUUUGCUCCUCCCGAAUGGGUCACCAAUGCCGCUAAGGAGGCACUGGGUGUCGUCGCUGCAAACCAUUACUCCCAUCCAAAAGGUCGAAUACGUCUCCGACAGGCCCUCAAGAAAGUAUAUGAUCCUCAACUCAAACGCAAUCUAGAUGUUGAGAAGGAGAUUCUUGUAACUAGUGGUGCCAAUGAAGGUCAAUAUGCUGUAUUUACUGCUUUCCUGGAGCCUGGAGAUGAAGUUAUUAUGUUCGAGCCAUUCUUUGAUCAAUAUCUAGCUUCAGUCACGUUCAACGGCGGUAUACCUGUCUACGUCCCUCUUCACCCUCCCGCCAAUGCAACUGGUCAAUUUUCAAGUGAAGAAUGGAAAAUUAACCCCGAUGAGCUGAGAUCUGCUAUCACACCGCGCACAAAAAUGAUCAUCGUAAACACACCACACAACCCUGUAGGAAAAGUUUUCACAAGGGCAGAGCUAGAAAUCAUCGCCGCUUUAGCGAAAGAGCAUAAUCUUUUGGUCAUGUCAGACGAAGUGUAUGAUACUCUAGUAUUCGAUGGCAAGGAACACGUACGGAUUGCAACUCUUCCUGGAAUGUGGGAUCGCACAGUGACAGUUGGGUCUGCUGGAAAAAGCUUCGCUGCCACUGGUUGGAGAGUGGGCUGGCUUUUUGGGCCUGAAUAUAUCAUUAAGCCGACCCUAGCUGCCACAACACGUAUUGUUUUCUGUUCAAAUUCUCCACUACAAGAAGCUGCUGCCGCUGGCCUAGAGCAGGUGCAGGAGCGCAAAUUCUUUGAGACUCAAACUGCAGAGUAUGCUGAGAGACGGGCCGUCUUGACCAGCUGUUUCGAUUCUUUGGGGCUUCCCUAUACGAAUCCGGAAGGCAGCUACUUUAUACUUCUAGAUAUCUCCAGGGUGAAAUUUCCUGACGACUACCCCUUUCCCCCGAGUGUACUCGGAAGAGGGCGGGACUUCAAAGCUUGCUGGUUCAUUGCAAUAGAAAUUGGCGUUUCAUCUAUACCCUUCUACUGUAUAGAGCAUGCCAAUAUCGGGGAAGUUUACGCUCGCUUUGCAUUCUGUAAGGAUUUGGAUACCCUGAAGCAUGCCUCUGAGCGUCUUGAGAAGCUCAAACAGUACAUAGUCUGA